CCCACUGCUCUGUUGCCCAGCUGUCUGUCCAGCCCCGCGCCUAGUGGACCCGACCGUGCGCCCCGCUGUCCUGCCUCACUGUCCUUCCCGCCCCGCUGUCUGUCCGCCCGGCCCCCGUGCCCGUCUGUCCGACCCGCAGUCCACCCGACCCGCGUCCCCAGCCCCGCCGGCGAGCGAGCCUGAGCCCCGGCCAGCAUGGUGGCCACGUGUCUGCAGGUGGUGGGCUUCGUGACGAGCCUCCUGGGCUGGAUCGGCAUCAUCGUCACCACAGCCACCAACGACUGGGUGGUCACCUGCGGCUACACCAUCCCCACCUGCCGCAAGCUGGACGAGUUGGGCUCCAAGGGGCUGUGGGCCGACUGCGUGAUGGCCACCGGGCUGUACCACUGCAAGCCGCUGGUAGACAUCCUCAUCCUGCCUGGCUAUGUGCAGGCCUGCCGGGCACUGAUGAUCGCAGCCUCAGUGCUGGGGCUGCCGGCCAUCCUCCUGUUGCUGACGGUGCUGCCCUGCAUCCGCAUGGGCCAGGAGCCUGGCGUGGCCAAGUACCGCAGGGCUCAGCUGGCCGGCGCGCUGCUCAUCCUGCUGGCCCUGUGUGCCGUGGUGGCCACCAUCUGGUUCCCAGUGUGCGCCCACCGUGAGACUACCGUGGUAAGCUUCGGCUACUCGCUGUACGCGGGCUGGAUCGGUGCAGUGCUGUGCCUGGUGGGUGGCUGCGUGGUGGCCUGCUGCUCCGGGGAUGCCCAGGCCUUCGGGGACAGUCGCUUCUACUACGCCUCUGGCUCCAGCUCACCCACGCAUGCCAAGAGCGCCCACGUCUGAGGCCGGACACCUGUGGGUACUCGGACAUAGCACCCAGCAGUCUCAAGAGAAGACUUCUCUCCUGCAGGCCCCAUACUUUAGCUCAGAGCAUUUCAUGCUCUCUCCUGGUCCUGCCCUCUCUGGCCUUUUUCCCCUCAGGCAUUCCUGCAUUACUCACUAAAACAUGCACACGUACCCAUCUGCUUCUGUCUCUGAAAUCCAGACAUCUGGCCCACAUUGUUGAGCUGGGUGUUGGGGAGACAGAGGCCCUCCCCACCUCUUCCAGGGUGAGGCAGCCUGCUUCCCCAGGCCUUGACCUGCCCUCUCCCCCACCCCAGAGUCCUCAGUUAUAAGCAGUAGAGACACGUGCAACUGGGGACACGGGGUAGGGAGGUAGGGAAAUCUGAAGCUACCUUGCCUGGGGAAGCUUCCCUUUUUGUAAGUCUAGGGCCAGGGCUGGGGGUAUUUUUCAGUUUGGGGUUUUGCAUUGCUCUGUACAUAUUUUUUUUUCCAAGAUGGAUCGUUUUUAUAACCACAGUUUUCCUGACUUUCUCGAUUCAUCAGCAUAAAGGAAAUGAACCAACUAGAUUUUAACUUACCACUAAAAAGCAAUCCAAGUGGGUGUCAUUCUGACAUGUCGCAAGACCCUUUCAAUGGCCAGGUUUGUAGGAUAUAGUUUUUAAUCUGAUUUUGCAUAUGGCUUCCAUUUAACAUGUUUUUAAACACUUCCUUCCCUGCCUGGGUUUUCAUCCUGCCAGCCCUCUGGCAGGGAUGUUCAUUAACCUAACUUGUGCUGUUCAACUUGGCUUUUACGGGUGUAAACACUGAUCAGUAUCUGAGACCCCAAACUCUCCAAACAAUGAUGGUGCAUUUCAUUCUCUAAGUGAAAUCUGUGCAAUAAAAAUAACAGACUGUCUGCAAAA